CAGCGGCCCCCAGAUUAAAUUAGCGGACCUCAGGACAGGCAGGGCGGAGUCGCCUUCCACUGGGACAGCGGGACGCGCAGGCGGCGGGACAAGCUGCAGAGACACAACGUUCCUCGGACGGUGGACGAGGGCUGCUGUCUUUGUGGGAGAUAAACUGAUCACCGAUAUUUUAGUUUGGGGGGUUUUUUUUGGCGGGGGGGGGAGGUGAAAUGGAGGUCUUGCCGUAUAUUUUUCUUUUGGCUUGUGCCCUCCUUGUUUGCCAAGUUGAAGGACGCAGAACAUACAGUGACAUUUUCCCCCACAAGCAUGCUAUAGGUAAGUCCCCUUUCCCAAUUCCACCAAUCCCUGGCUGGGAUCCUGACACCAACCCAUGGGACGAUUACCUCUACCCACCACCAAGCCCAAAGCCGAAGGGGCUCAUGCACCGAGCAGGUAAACCCAAGGUUCGCCUGACCAGCGACAGCCCGGCUCUAAAUGGCUCCUGCGUCACCUUCACUGCCAAGCUGGAGUAUCCACCGUGCCAGAAGGAAGAUGCCAACGGGGACCUUGUCUGGGAUGAGCACUGCGAGGACGGUACGGAGCUGGAGGCCUCAGCCAACGGGCAGGUUCGCUCCGGCCACGUGUACAACUGGACUUCUUGGUUGGAAGACUACGGCUUUGGAAAGUGCACAGACCCAAUUAAGUGCAACGUGUUCCCCGACGGGAAGCCCUUCCCUCAGCGAAAUGACUGGGGACGCAAGAGCUACGUCUACGUGUGGCACACAAUGGGCCAAUACUAUGAGACGUGCGAUGGCUCAUCCUCCAGCGUGACCAUCAACACCACCAACAUCCCAGUGGGGGCAGAGGUCAUGGAGGUCAUGGUGUACAGGAAACGCGAGCGCAGGAAGUACAGCCCCCUCACCACGGACAACACCGUCUUCUACGUCACAGACAAGAUCCCGGUGGCGGUCAGCAUCUCCCAGAAGGCUGCGGUCAACGAGUCGAGCAACGUCUUCUUCCGCGGCGAGGACGUGGUCUUCGCGGUCCAGCUUCAUGACCCCAGCGGCUUCCUCAAAACCGCCGAAACCGUUGACUACAUCUGGGACUUCAGAGAUGGCAAUCAGCUGGUAACCCACCGCGACGUGACCACGCACACCUACAGCACGCUGGGGAGGAUGAGUGUGAAGCUGGUGGUGGAGGCGGCGUUCCCGGUGGAGUGUCCGCCGGCCGCUGCCACCUCGACGCCCGGGAGCUUCAUGUCAACACCUCCGACAGGUGCUGGACAGGGACAGUCUCGCUCGGGAAGACAGAAGGCUCCCACACCUCGACGCAGUACUCAUGCAGCUACAGUCAAGAUGGAGACCACUCAUGCGCCACCCAGCACCCGCCCACCCUCCCCCUCCUCUACUGCCACUGCCUCAACAGGGCUGCCUUCCACGGAGCCCCUCGCCCCCACCGUGGCCAGCGCGGCCCCGGAGUCCAACGCCACCACCCUGGCCUGGCGCCGCACCAGGCGCCUCAACAGCAACCAGUGUUUCCACUACGCCUACGGAACAUUCAUGGGCAACAUCACCAUCAUUGAGCCCAAGCACGCGCUGGACAGCCAACCAAACAGUCGCAUUUUGGACGUGCUGGCCGACAGAGUGAACAAAACUGACAUCAGCUUCCUGGUGAAAUGUCUGGGCACCAUCCCCACCUCAGCCUGCACAAUUGUGUCAGACCCCAGCUGCACUCAGGUGCGUAACAUCAUGUGCGAUGACGUGCCGCCGUCAGCGGAGUGUGAGGUGCAUCUGAGGCGCACGUUUCUGGAGCCCGGCACCUACUGUGUCAACAUCACCCUGGAGGACUCCAGCAGCCUGGCCCUCGCCAGCACCACUGUGACCAUCAACAAGUCCCAGGACGCACCGGCGUCCAAGAGUCCUCACACUGCCGAAGUGGUGCUCUCCACGAGCGCUGUGCUGGUGGCUGUCUUUGCGUUCAUCGCCUACAUAGUCCACAAACGUUACAAGGUGUACCGACCCAUUCGCAGGUCACUGGUGGAAGACGCCAGCGGGCAUGCCGGGGUCGGAGGUCACAUGGUCCGCCUGAAGGAGACACUUUUCCCCUCCAGUGAGGAGAGCCGUCACCUACUGACCGAGAGGCACCCCAUGUAGGCUUCGCAGAGCCGCAACAAAGUGCUUCUGCCGUGAGCGGCAAAAAUUACUAAAGAAAUCUUUACAAAAGUUGAAACAAUAGCCAAGAUGGCAGAAAUUGAUUUGUGUCUGUUAUAUCAGUAAAAAAUACACGUUAUGUAUUCGCUACAUUAAAUGGCUUAUGCUUCAGCAGAAUGUGAUCGGUGGAUGAUAAUCUAAAGAGGCUGUCAAAUGAUCUUUAUGGUGGAUGAAGAAGUUGCUGGGAGAUGAACAGAGUUCAAAUCAUGUUUGCUUUCAAUGAGAAGUAAUGGCUUUGUGCAAAUUUUUCGUGCCAAGCGCCGCUUUACAGAGCUGCCCCUUGUGUUAUAAUUAAAGUCUACAAUUAAUAAUGAAGUCCAUUGAGGUGGUUUGGGAUUAUAAAAUCUGAAGUACACUUGCUUGGUUGAGGGAAUUUGAAAAGGACAUUUUUAGAUCUCAAAAGCUCAACCAUGGAGUUCAGUGGAAACUUGACAUGACUAAUAAAAGAUUGUGAACUAAC